AUGCCAGGUGUUCGUGACAUCAGUGCCGAGUCCUUCAUCAAGGCUUACUCAUCCCACCUUAAAAGAUCCGGUAAACUCGAGAUCCCAACAUGGGUCGAUAUCGUUAAGACCGGUGCUCAAAAGGAAUUGGCACCUUAUGAUCCUGAUUGGUACUACGUCCGAGCUGCCGCCAUCGCUCGACACAUCUACCUCCGAAAACACGUCGGUGUUGGUGCCCUCGCCAAAUUACACGGUACCACCAACCGAAGAGGUACCCGACGAUCCCACCACCGAGACUCUGCUACCGGUGUGCAAAGAAACGUUGUUCAAUCCCUUGAGAAGAUCGGUGUGCUCGAAGUUCACCCUGAUGGUGGUAGAAGAAUCUCGCAAGAUGGAAUGAGAGAUCUCGACCGAAUUGCCACUGCCGUCCUUGAAGCUGAGCGAGAAGAGGAGGAAGAGGAGGAGGAAGAAGAUGAGGAAGAGGAAGAGGAGGAAGAGGCCGACGAAGAGUAA